UCUUACUCAGGGUCUACACAUACCUCCAGAGGAGUCCAAUGGUUUUACAUCACCGAUCAUUAAUCGGCCUCGUUCGACGAAUGGAGUCUCUCUGCCGCCGUCACUUUCAUCAUACCGAAUGUUCAACAUGCCGGAGCCUUUUAUGUGGAAUUCCGAGCCUGCUGCGGCUGCUACUUUCUCUUCCACAGCGGUCCAGUCUUCUCCUUCACCUAGUGCACUGUCUGCCUUGGAUCAACAACUUCCUCCACAACCGUUUUUUGCUGGCUCCACAUUUACUGGCCAGCCUGGUACGGCUCCACUACAGCCUCCUUUUUCACAGAUUCCAGGUUAUUCCAACCCAUCUUCUUUGCAUACUUUGGCCUGUCAAUUAGCGUUCUCCACGCCUAAUGUGACGAACAUUGUUACAACUAAAUUGGCCGCGGUUGAGGACUAUCUCCCUUGGCGGACUCAAUUUGAGUCUUUUCUAGUUUCCCAUAGUCUUCUUGGGAUUUUAGACGGCUCAAUUGUGGCUGCGUCACCUUCUUUACUUGAUAUUAAUCGACGAGAGAGUCUCAAUCCUGAAUAUCAUCACUGGCUUAAGAUUGAUCAGACUGUACGUUCCUGGUUGUUUGCUACGUUGUCUAGAGAUAUUUUAAUGGAGGUUUAUGAUCUCAAAUUUUCUGCUCGUAUAUGGGAAUCUCUUGAAACUCGUUUUAUGAAUGCCUGUCGUGCCCGUUCUAUAGAACAUAAGAGGCAGAUUUACCAUAUUAAAAAGAAGGAGUCUCACACCAUUGACGCCUAUCUUUUGGAAAUUAAAUUGUUGGUUGAUGCCUUGACUGCUAUAAACUCUCCUGUUAGUAACCGUGAUUUACUCGAAUAUACUAUUAUUGGAUUGGGACCGGAAUAUGAAUCCUUGCUUACAAUUAUUGAUUAUCUUCCGGGGGACCUCACUCUUCAAAAGUUGCGUCCUAUAUUGGUUGCUCUAGAACAACGGAACAUUUAUCUUCGCUCUCAGGAGCCUUCGAUGUCGCACCAGGCCUUUUCCGUGGCUCCAAACCGAGGGGGUGCAGCUCGUGGCCAGGCUGGGCGUCAUCCUGGAGGUCGUGGAAUCAGAGGUGGUCAGCGCGGUCGUGGGCAUCGAGGCCGCGGUCAUGGCUAUGGGGGUCAGCCGCAUCCAUCUUAUGGCGGCCAGCAGGUGUAUAAUGGGCAGCCGCCUCUUCUUCCCUUACCAUCUUACGGGCAGCAACUUUCUGGGCAGCAGGUGUAUGGGGGACAGCCCGCUCGUGGUCCAUCGCAAAAUGGGGUUCCAGGUUUUCCAUCUGUGGACAAUUCUUUUAAUCAUUCAUCUCCACCAGUUGUUUGCCAAAUCUGUUUCUCCCCAGGUCACUCUGCUCUCACGUGUCCAAGAUUUGUUGGUUCCUCUACUUGGGCUUUGGCAGCUCUUCCCUUAGGCGAGACUAAUGCUUCUGUGUGGUAUCCUGAUUCAGGUGCCUCCGCUCAUAUGAGUCCUCAUGAAGGACAAUCAGACGGGGUGCAUCUACUUCAGGGCUCCAAUAAAAACCAUCUAUAUCCUUUCCAUGCUCUUCAAGCGACCCUAGUUCCUGGACCUACCUGGCACAAACGUUUGGGACACUGUGGUGAGAGAGUUUUACAACGACUUCGGCAAAAUAAAUUAAUUUCAGUUUCUAGUAGUUUUCUUCAUAACUGUGUUUCUUGUAAGUUGGGAAAAUCCCACAGACUCCCGUUUUCAGAUGUCAUUCAUAGUUGUACUGUGCCACUUUAACUUAUUCACUCUGAUGUUUGGCAGUCGCCUAUUUUAUCCAAUUUGGGCUUUAAAUACUAUGUAUGUUUCAUUGAUGAUUUU